AUGAAUGGGCUGCAGCUCCGAAAGGCUGUUUCUGACGUUUCAAGUGAAAUCAAUAAGAUUGGGAUGGAUUUGGAAGCUAUAGCUGAAGUCAUGCAAGUAGAAUGUGAAUGCUGCGGCCUCAAGGAGGAUUGCACCCCAGGCUACAUCCUAAAAGUCAAGGAUUCUUUUUCGGGUACAUGGGUUUGUGGUCUUUGUUCUGAAGCUGUAAAAGAAAUACUAAUGCGCCCACCAAGAACAACUAUUGAAGAAGCUGUGAGCAGUCACCGAAACUUUUGUCAAGAGUACAAUAGCACUAGACUCAAUCCAAAACUUUCAUUAACAUUCGCAAUGAGGGAUUUAGUAAGAAGAAGCUACGAGAAAAGAACUUCCAAGGAUUUUUCAACAUCAAAGAUUGCACGAAGCUCCAGUUGUGUACCAAGAAUUGAUCUGAACCCAAAGCACUAA